AUGUGGGCAGCAGUACACACGCACGGGCAUGGUCAACUUGUGGAGGGCGGGGUACACACUGUCGACGGUGACAAGCUGGCCGAGCAUGAGCAGCCCAGGCGGCAUGUCCGGCACGAGGACAUCAAGGCCAGGGCCGCCGCAGCCGCCGCCAUCUCUGCUGCGUCAGUCGACGGGCGUGUCCACGCUGCUGCCGGACUCGGAUGCUGGCCGUGGUUCACGAGGGACCAGUUGGUGGUUGCGGCAGCGGCAGUGUGGGUAAUCGUGCAGGCGCGGAAGAGUGCAGGAACGGACCUGGAUUCAGAUGUCCUGUCUAGCUCGACACUCACUGGAGCCGCAUUCCCACUCUCGGCGGAUGCAUUCGUGGAGACACGCUUAUACGCCGGAUCCGGAACAAGGGGAGCAGUGUUGCUUGAUCGGGGAUACUGGCACGAACCUAUCCCUUCUCGGCGAACAAUAGAAUGA